AUGGCUGACGUGCGAGAAGAAAAUGACCAGGUUAGGGAAGAGUUCUGUUUACAAUGUACACGAAAGGAUAAAAAGACAGUUGCUUCAGUGUUUUGUUAUGAUUGUGACAAUUUUCAAUGUACACAGUGCGCGGACGUUCAUAACUUUUUUGAUGUUAUGAAAGGUCACAAGAUGGCAAAGGCAAGUGAAAUCACGACAAAACCAGUUAAAUUCGAUAUGGAAGGACUGGACCGGUGUGAAACACACGUGAAAUUAUUCGAGUUUCUAUGUAAUGAUCAUGAUAAGCUUUGUUGCAGUACUUGUGCCAUAAUUAAUCACCGGACAUGUGACAGUGUAGUGGAAAUACAAAACAUCGCAGUUGUUUCCGAAGAAACGGGUAUGGAAAUACGAUCACGUCUGCUUGGUGCAAAAGAAUUAUGUAAAUCCGUUGUAAUGCAUUGGAAUUUGUUCAAGAUAUCGUUACGUGACACUGUAAAAGCUCUGCCAGAAAAGAUCAACAAUAUAAGAGCUCAGAUGAAUAAAAAGUUCGAUGAUCUUUUGCAUGACGUAGAGAAAGAUAGCGCUACAUUCUUGAAGCUUUAA